UAAAGUCUGAUUUAAGAGUUGAUUAUAUUUCACAUCAUUCAUCAAAAUCUGUAAAGUAACUAAAGCUAUUAAACAAAUGUAGUGUAUUAAAAGUGCAUGAUUUAACUCUGAAUUGUAUUGGAGUAGAAGUACAAAGUAGCAUUAAUAAUAUAAAUGUACAUAGUUACUUUACAUAACUUGGUCUUAUUUUAAAGCCAACUCUAGAUUUUUACAAGACAAAAUUACCACUGCAGAAUACAAAGCAAUGAGGUAGCACUUGCAAUAAAUAAUCCUAUAUGUACUCAAAAUUAACAUUUACUCUCAACACUCCUGAUUGGUAACACGAUGCUAAAUGUUGUCCUUAAAGUUCACAACAGUGACAUAAAAAAAAAAACCUGCAAUGCAAACCACUUGUAUAUGAAAAGGCUUUAUUUUGUCAGUAGCAUUAAUGUCAGUCUGCAUAGAUAAACUAUUCCCCAAAUCCAACUCUAAAAACAGCAACUAAGCAGUCCUACCACGCCGGUUAUCACUUUAGUAAGUCAACCCUCAGUCUUUCUGGAACGAUGGUGGAGUGUUUGAAACAUGUGGGGACUACAGACUGCAGCAGGGACCUGUUGAAGAUGUCUGUGAACACCUCUGCCAGCUGAAUUGCACACACCCUGAGAACACGGCCAUUGUGCAUUUUGAAACAUACAGUAGGGCGACAAUUUAACUAAACUCAAUAACUACUGUAUUUCAGUCAAUAUUAUUUAUUAUUUGUAUUAUUUGUACUUCAACUGUGUAUUUCCACAUUAUGCACCUUUAUGCCUUUACUCACUCUAUUGCGGAGGAACAUUCGUACUUUUUACCACACCAUUUAUUUUUAGAAGAUCAUCAUUGUGUUACUAUGGUGCCGGAUCGGACCCUCGUGUCUGGCAGGUGUGGCAGUCCUUGCCCUCAUGAUGCCUGUGCAGACAGUGUUUGGAAAGCUCUUUGGCAUCUUCAGGAGCAAAACGGCAGUCCUUGCUGACAACAGAAUCCGCAUCAUGAACGAAGUGGUGUCUGGCAUCAGGAUCAUCAAGAUGUACGCCUGGGAGAAACCCUUCUCAGCUCUGGUUACAGACGUCAGAAGUAUGAAGCUGCAGCGUCGGAGGCUGCACUCUCAGGACCUCACUCUUAGGACCGCACUCCCAGGACCCUAGUGGUUUUGCAACAUCGCCACCUAGCGGAUUGGAUGACCGCAAAAGUAGACAUUGUAAUGCUUGUUAU